UCGAUUCCUUUUUUUUGUCUGGUUUUGAUUUUAGCCGGCGAAGAAUGUGAACGAAGGAGCUUAAGGAGAUGGCGUUUAAGCCUUUCGGGAAAGAUGUAGGACCGGCGAUGAGCUCCAAGCAGCCGUCGCCGUUUACAACGUUCGGCGCUUCUGAUCCUACUCAAUCCACCAGGUGUCUGCUGGUGUUGUUUGUAAUCUUAGGUUUGUGCUCUCUUUUCUUGGGGGGAUUGUCUUGUAGUGAUUCUCCGAUUCAGCCACCGACAUAUCAAAACCAUUCAGGGUAUGCAGGACCAUCUUUUGGACCAGGUGGUAUUCAAAGUGGUCCUCCAAUCCAGCGAGCACCGUCUCCUUCAGCUUCUCAAAACCCUUCACCACGUGGACUACAAAGUAGUCCUGCAAUGAAUCGAACAUCACCACCUGUGGCUUUUCAAAAUCCCUCCCACUCCUCAGGACAAUCUUACCGACCUGGUGGAACUCAGAGGAGCCCCGGACCUGUCAAUGUACAUUGGGGUCCAGAAGCUUUUCCACGUCCAAUCCCCUCUGUGAGACCUUACCAAUUUCCUGGAGUUCAGAGGCCUACUUUAAAUCCUCAGUUUGGGCAUGAUGAAUCUAGGAAUUUCCAAAAGGAUCAUAGUGAACGUAGUCUAGCCACGUCUUCAGCUAGUACAUCACACACUCUUUCCAGAAGUGGAACUGAUGUUGUUGAGAUUGGUCGAUCACAAGAUUCAAAAAGGAAAAGUCGUUCAGAUGUUCUUCCUGAUCGGAGUUUAGGGGUUUCUCGAAGAAACCAUUCGCCAGGAUCAGGUUUUGGGAUUGGCAGAUUGGUAGAUGAUUUCCAGCAGUCAUCUAGUCAAACUUGGAUACGCUCUCCCUCUUCCGCGGACAAUAAUCCGGUGAGGUCGAGGAUCAUUCCCAAUCGGUUGAUCCAUCAGGAACAGAGCCCAAGCUCUUCAUUCCCUUAUGCAAAUGAAGCAGCUGAAAUCCAGGAAGCCACAAAAAGAAAAUCUUCGGCAAUAGCACCUUCUGAUAGUUUUCUUCAUAACAACCCUGUAUUUUCUCAAGAUGAUACUCGAAGGUCAUCGACAUCUCCUCCUGGCACAAAGUCAUUUAUGCUUUCAAGAAGCUCAGAUUCCCAAUUUACUGGGCAGUCCUCUGUAAAUAAUUUCAGUAAUGCGGUUAAGACAAGUAGUUCACCUGCAACAAAAAGGACGAGAUCUCCACCUUUUUAUCCAGUGGAGGAUGAUAUCCAGGGAAACUCUUUUCUUUCUCAAAGCUUUACUGAAGGAGAAGAGCAAGCCAGGGCAAAGAGACUGGCCCGCUUCAAGGGUGAACUGGACCCUGUUCCAGCCCGACCUGUUGAUACUCAACUUGCUAAAUCAGCUGUAAAUAAAACGAAGCUUCUGGACAACAAGCAAAUAUUCAAUUCACAGGAAUCAAAUAGGGAUGUCCUCAAGGGAGAUGCUUUGUCUGAUUUUGAAAGCUCGGAGCAGCCUUCUCUUAUCGUUGGAUUAUGCCCUGACAUGUGUCCUGAGUCAGAACGGGGGGAGCGUGAAAGGAAGGGUGACUUGGACCAUUAUGAGCGUGUGGAUGGAGAUAGGAACCAGACGAGCAAAUCCCUUGCUGUGAAGAAAUAUACCAGGACGGUGGAGCGAGAAGCCAUUUUGAUACGACCCAUGCCAAUCCUGCAGAAUACCAUGGAAUAUUUGCUGAGUUUGCUAGACCGCCCUUACAAUGAAAACUUUCUUGGCAUGUAUAAUUUCCUAUGGGAUAGGAUGAGAGCUAUUCGAAUGGAUCUAAGAAUGCAACAUAUAUUCAACCGAGAAGCUAUUACUUUACUGGAGCAAAUGAUAAGACUUCACAUCAUUGCAAUGCAUGAGCUAUGUGAAUAUACUAAAGGAGAGGGCUUUUCGGAGGGGUUUGAUGCACACCUGAAUAUUGAGCAGAUGAACAAGACAUCUGUUGAGUUGUUUCAAAUGUAUGAUGAUCACAGGAAGAGAGGAACAACUAUUCCUACAGAAAAAGAGUUCCGUGGCUAUUAUGCUCUUCUCAAACUCGACAAGCACCCUGGCUACAAGGUUGAACCGUCUGAGCUUUCUCUUGAUCUUGCCAACAUGACUCCAGAAAUAAGGCAAACUUCAGAAGUUCUCUUUGCCCGCAGUGUAGCCAGAGCUUGUAGAACUGGCAACUUCAUUGCCUUCUUUCGCCUCGCACGAAAAGCAAGUUAUCUUCAAGCAUGUCUAAUGCAUGCUCAUUUUUCAAAGCUAAGAACUCAGGCGCUUGCUUCUCUGCACGCGGGUCUCCUAAAUAAUCAGGGUCUCCCAGUUUCAGAUACUUCAAAGUGGAUAGGGAUGGAGGAAGAGGACAUAGAAGCCCUGCUGGAGUACCAUGGAUUUUCGAUAAAAGUGUUUGAAGAGCCAUACAUGGUAAAGGGUGACCUGUUUCUCCAUGCUGAUAAGGACUAUAAAACAAAAUGCUCCAAACUUGUUCACCUGAAAAAGUCAAGAACCAUUGUGGAAGAUGUUUCUGCUCCAUCGAUAGAAGAUGUUUUUGCUCCCUCUCCGUUGUCGACAGAAGCAAAUAAAGGAUAUCAACAGGAAACACCGCCUCCUCAAAGUCUUAAGAAACAAACAUCACUGCGUCUAGUUGAUAAAGUAAUGACCGAUUCCAAGACUUCCCUCUUACUGGAGGAGGACAAGCCAAUGAGGACAUCUGUUAUAAAUCCAGUGCGGCCAUCUGAUGAAAAACCAGCAGUAGAUCAACAAAACCGAAAUCACUUUACACCGGCUGGUGAAUUUCAUUCUCCUGGAUUUCCUCAAGCUGAAUCCUUGAAUUUGAAGAAACAACCUAAUGGCGGCCACACUAGUACAUCUCCCGCGGAAAUUAAAUUUCCAUUUGCAGAGCAUAUGCAAACGAAUCUUAUGCCCGGUUCUAUUUUGCAACAAAGUCCGUUUGCAGUGCCUAUGGAGAGUGUGCCUGUAACUACCAUUUCAGAGUCUCCAACGCGUGUAGAAAACAUAUCUGCUUUGGAAGAAUCAGUACCUGAAGCUGCGAUGACUGUUACCUUGGAAGAGGGUUUCGAUGACAUUGAACAGGAAGACGAGGAUGGACAUGAGGACAUCACAAGUCAGUAUGAAGAGGAAGUGGCGAAGGCUAAGCUCAAGUUGAUCAUAAGAUUAUGGAAGCGGUGGUCUUCACGUCAAAGUGAAUUGCGGGAGCGUCGACAAGUAGCUGCAGCUGCUGCACUGAAUUCUCUAACCCUGGGCACCCCUAUCCGACUCAGCAAAACUGAUCACUAGAGGGCGUGCGGUGAGUUUGACAUUGAUCAAGCGAUGAAGAGGAGAUUUGAAGAACGGGAAAAAUCAUGGUCAAGGCUGAAUAUUUCAGAUGUGGUAGCUGAUACAUUAGUCGAAAGGAAUCCAGACUCAAAAUGCAUAUGGUGGAAGGUUAUCCUAUGUACUCAGAGUAAAUCAGUUGACACAUCAAGUCAAAACACACAUUCAGCAGCCACUCGAUGGUUAUCAUCAAAGCUUAUCCCUGACACAGAACAUAGUAUCUCCGAUGAUAAUCUACUGUUUUCAUCUCCCGGUGUGUCGGUAUGGAAUAAAUGGGUUGCAAGUGGGUCUGAUUCAGAUUCCAGAUGCUGUCUCUCAGUAGCUAGGGAUGUAGAAGCUGAUAAUGAUCCACGUGGCGCAAGUGCAGUUCUCUUCCUUGCAUCUAAAAGCAUCCCUCUGAAUCUCCAGAGAGAACAUCUUAACCGCAUUCUCGAAUCAGUACCUAACCGUUCACUCCUUCCCCUUCUCGUUCUAACCAGCUCAAGCAAUGGAGAAAGCGUGGGUCCCGAUACAAAUCUCGUCUCUGAGCUAGGCCUCCAUGAUAUCAACAAAUCAAAGAUAGCAAGCUUCAUCACCGUCGUUUCUAUCGCUAAUUACUCCCAGAAGGGACACGAAGUUCGUUUUUUCAGCGAUUCGCGGCUAAGGGACGGACUCAAAUGGCUCGCGGGAAAUUCACCUCCGCUACCAAAUCUUCAUCACGUUAAACCGCGGGAACUUGUUCUGACGCAUUUUAGUUUUUCUCUAGAGUUGCUUAAGCAGAUGUCGGAUCAGGAAGUUGGUCCGAACAUAUGCAUAUCAGCCUUCAACGAGGCGCUGGAAACAUCUAAAAGAAACAUCACUUCUGCUGCUGAAGCAAAUUCGAUCUGUUGGCCUGGCCCUGAGACAAUGUUGCUCGACGGUAAUAGAAAAGAACAUUUAAUGGCGAAGAGGUAUCUACCUGAACUAGACUGGAGCAGUGCAGAGAGCAUCGAACAACUCAACUCCGUUCUCGAGAACUGUAAGCUUCCUUGUUUUGAAGAUGAUUUUAAAUGGUUAACACUAGGAUGUGCUUCAGGCGCUGAGAUAGAGAACUACACGCAACGGCUUGAGGGAUGCUUAGUUGAGUACUUGACACAGACAAGCAAUCUCAUGGGAGACUCGUUAGCCAGCAAAGAAGCGGGAGUGAUGCUACAAAGAAACACUAGACUCGAACUCCAUAACUCAAGCUACUACCAUAUCAUCCCGAGAUGGAUCGGGAUCUUCCAGAGGAUCUUCAGCUGGCGGAUAAUCGGCGUGCUAGAUUCAUCUUCUUCCUCAGCUUACGUACUCAAGUCCGAUCUCACCAUGUCAGCUUCAAGCUAUGCUGAUAAGUUCUUGUCGGAAGAUUCAUCUUCUCGUCCAAAUCUUCCAUUGCUUCACGAAAUGGUCCAAAUCAGCUGCACCCCCUUGAAGUCGUCUCCUAAAGUAGAAUCGGUUCAGACAGAGAGGCUUGUUGAUGAUCAUAGAGACAUAGAUGAGUCGAUGUUAGAGAAGAGUAGAGAAGCUUCAAGAAGGAUUGAUAUGAUGAUAACUGAGUAUGAUGAUGAGUUAGCUGCGGAGAAGAAGACGGUGAAGGAUAGAGAGAGUGAGAGAUUAAAUGAAUUGUUGGAGAAAUGUAACUUGGUACAGAACAGCAUAGCCGAGAAGCUCUGCAUUUACUUUUGAACUUUUCUUCAUCCCUUUUGUCGUUAAUCUUGUUGUUUACUUUAACUUGCUAUAUGUGUUGAAUCUGUGACAUAGAGUACAGAAGAAACAACCAUCAUCAUCAUUCAUUA